AUGGCAUUCUUCCCUGUCCUCCUCCUCCUCCUCUCCGUGCUCCAGCGUGGUUCCUCCCAGGACCCUGAUGAGGACUCGUUGGCAGUGCCCCGGGGGUGUGGCUGGGGCCUGGUGCGCCCCUACACCCUCCUCUGCGACCUGGACUCUGUUUGGGGCGUGGCGGUCGAAUCUGCAGCGGCCAGCGGCGCCCUGGCUGCCAUUUUACUGGGCCUGAUCAUCCUCUGCCGACUACACCACGUGAGCGAGGCGGAGAAGCGCAGCGGCGUGGGACCCAUUCUCCUCCUGCUUCUGGGCAUCCUGGGCCUGUUCGGCCUCAGUUUCGCCUACCUCAUCGAGCGUGACGAACAGCUGUGUCUUCUGCGCCGUGCCCUCUGGGGCCUGCUCUUCGCCCUGUGCUUCUCCUGCCUGCUGGUGCAGGGUGUGCGGCUCCGGAGGUUGGGCCGCGAGCGCCGGAGCCCGGGGGGCUGUGCUCUGACCGGCCUGGCCCUGGGGCUGAGCGCCGUCCAGGGGAUCAUCGCCGCCGAGUGGCUCCUGCUCACGGUGCUCAGGGAGGGCAGAGCGGCCUGCCAGUACCUGCCUCUGGACUUCUCCUUAGCCUGUAGCUAUGUGCUUGCGCUACUGCUAGCCGCGCUGGGGGCGGCCUCCUUCGCUCUCUGUGGGAAGACCCGGCAGUGGCGCUGUAACGCGAUCUGGCUCCUCUCCGCCUGUCUGUUGUCCCUCCUCCUCUGGGUUGCCUGGGUGGGCUUCUAUCUCUACGGUAACGCCUGGCUGGGGCGGUCCCCGGACUGGGACGAUCCAGCAUUGGCGAUAGCACUGGUGGCACAGGGUUGGCUCCUCCUCCUGUUCCACGCCGUGCCCGAGGCACACUCCUGUCUCUGCUCCCCGCCACAACCCUCCGCCCCUGACUAUUUUGACACAUCCCAGGCCCCGUCCCGCAUGAGGGAGACCAGCUUCGACGAGGACAUCCCCCUCUCACACAGGCAGUUUCCGGAGAACCAGAGCUACGGCUUUGACGAAAACACUGCAGAUCUGAGGAGUGCAGGUAAUCAUAAUGGUAACACAGCGCCCAGACCCAGUGCCCCCUUCCGCAGCAACGUGUACCAGCCCACUGAGAUGACCAUGAUCCUGAAUGGGGGAGCGGUCCCCUCCGCACCCCCGACCUAUACGGGGCGGCAGCUGUGGUGAAGGACAGAAAUUAAGAAGAAGAGGAAGGAAGAAUGGGGUGAUGAAGAAGGGAGGAUGGGUCCUUGGACAGAGGAAUAACCCAGUGAGGAUAACUAUAACAUGGACACCAUCAGGAACCCCCCCCCCCCACCGAUCUCUAUGUGUGUAUGGGGACAGACAGUUGAACAGAUAACUUACUGAGGGCUUACACACACCACCCACCCUGUGUUAAUCAAAUACACCAACCAACCACUGAAUGAGUGUGACUGAGGGGGAGAGCAGGUAUGGAGGACAGAUCAACACAUUACGGGUAGUUUUGAAGUUAAAUCACUGUAGGAGAUAUUCAACUUAAAAAUAACCCUAUUUUGGUUGCAAAUGCUGUGGAGACCAUUUUCAUCUGGGAGAUGUAAGAUUUGAAAUGUUGACAGUCAGGUUUCUUUUGUAUGAGUCAAGUUUACUCCCAUGAGACUACUAAACCACUGUAUAACUUCUGAAAAACUGUGAAACCUCUCUCCCUUUUGAGAUAUUUGCUCUGUUUUUGUUGUUUAUUUUGGGAGAAACUCUUCUAAAUCAGAAUGUUUUGCUCUGUCCUCCAUCCUCCUGUAGGUAUGGUACAGACACCUUACAGCCCUGUACCUCACCACAGCCCAUCACACAGCACACAAUAGAAUAACACACGGACAAGUAUGGCUUAAACUCCAACCUCUCUAGCCAGUGUGUGCCUACAGGUAACUGCUAGAAUAAAGGAAACAGCAACAUAAAGUGUCUUAAUAGGGCGUUGGGCCAUCACGAGAACAGCUUCAAUGCACCUUGACAUA